ACAGCCAAAAAGUAAUAAUUAAGGGGGCGUCCGGUUAGUUUUUAAAUUUUAAUGUUCAAAUUUCAAAGAUUUCAUAAAAAUGAAUAUACCUGAUAAUUAUGUUUUUGUGUGAAAAAUUAUUUUCUUUUUGGUUUAACAUGUUCGUACAUUUGUACGGUGAAAAUAAUAAUGUUAAAGUAACGCAUGACGGAACUCUCCAUUUACAACAAUCGACUCGCCCAAACAAGCUUCUGCGAUUUUCUGACCAGCCAGUCGCUAAUCGGUUGCGGUAGGAGAAGGUUAAUAACAGAAUGACUCAAUUUUUUAAUGUGCUAAAUAUUCCAAUAAAAUUGAGAUUUCUUUAUAAAAAUCGUAUAGAGUUGUUAGUUCAUAAGAGUGAACAGUGCAGAGCAACUAAUUACGAAAGAAAUUUAGUCACAAGAGCUAUUUUAGGCUGCUUCAAUGUGAAUUGAAAUGAAACGUUUGCGUGUUGAUGAAACGUCAAAAGAAGGAAGUGGACCUCCGUUGAGUGGAAGUUUGUAUCAUCGUCAGACGUUAUCAAAUAGUGGCGGUACAGCAGCAUAUCCAAAUUCUGGAACAGUGAAAGUGGUCAGUGAGGGUAUGCAAUCGGGUAUAUAUCCGCCAGCUACCCCGAUAUGUUACGGGGUGAUGCCUGCCGCCGCGACACCCCACGCGGUGAAAGCCCAAGCAGUUCAAUCGAUGUCGAUGUCCGGACACUCGCAGAUGCGUUCGAAGGGUGCUUCUCCACCAACGGCACCUCCCCAGCAGCCGGCACCCCAGCCACAACAACAAUCGCCAGGAGGUGGAGGCGGAACCCCCUUUCAAAGACUUAAGGUCGAGGAUGCUCUCUCGUACCUCGAUCAAGUUAAGUACAAGUUCGGUUCGCAACCGCAAGUGUACAACGACUUCCUGGACAUUAUGAAAGAAUUCAAAAGUCAAUCCAUAGACACGCCAGGGGUGAUACAACGCGUUUCAAACCUCUUCAGGGGCUUUCCCGACCUCAUAGUUGGUUUUAAUACCUUUCUGCCGCCUGGUUACAAAAUCGAAGUGCAAAAAAAUGAGCAAGGAUAUGCGUUCCAAGUGUCAGUGAGUAUGCCAAGCCCCACCACAGGGACCAUGCCCCCGGAUCCUCAACAACAGAAACCUGCAAUGAUUUUCUCCGGGUCCGGCACGAUAAUACACAGUAAUAUGUCCGCCCACAGUCAACCCAUAACCGUACCACCGUCGCAACAACCCCUUUCGCUGUCAUCACACAUGCCCACGGUGACAGGUCCACAGGCCGCUGCUGCUGCACCACCCGUUACAUCCGUUUUACAUCAUUCGAGCGGAUACGGAAGUGGUGGAGGACCCCCGGGUCCUGGGGGUGGAAGUGUGGGAGGCGGGGCAACCGGUGGGACUUUGCCAGUUCAUAACAAUUCCACCCACAAUGCAAUCACUCUGUCUGCUGCUCAGGCUGCUGUUAACCAAGCUCUGGGGCAUGCCGAGGCUCCCCAAAAUCAGCCCGUGGAGUUUAAUCACGCAAUAAAUUACGUGAAUAAAAUAAAGAAUCGCUUCCAAGGACAGCCUGAAAAAUACAAACGUUUCCUAGAAAUUUUACAUACCUACCAAAAGGAACAGCGAACGUUGAAAGAAUCUUCGGGAGGCGGAGGAAAUCCAGGCAAACAUCUCACUGAACAAGAAGUAUACAGCCAAGUGGCUAAAUUAUUCGAGAAUCAGAGUGACCUCUUGGCAGAGUUUGGUCAAUUUUUGCCAGACGCCACGAGCCACGCUUCACCGCCUCCGUUGACUGCCGAUCAUAUUCCAAAUGCAGCUAAAAAGCAACCCCCGAAACAGAUUUAUCGGGGCGGCGAGAAUAUGAUCGAGCAUCGUCAUCAUCACGGUGUCUCUCAUAAACCUGGACAUGUUACUGGACAAGUAAAGAGAUCGUCGCCCUAUCCAAACUUGACUCAUCAUCCUCACCAUCAGCACCACCCGCAACGAGAUGUACCACCUCAGAAAAAACAUAAAAUAUCUUCGUCUUCUUGUCGAGACGUGACCAUAGCUGAGGCUGCCAAGUAUUGCACUUUAAAUGAUUACGCUUUUUUUGACAAGGUCCGGAAAGCUCUCAGAUCACAAGUGGUCUAUGAUAAUUUCCUCAGGUGCCUAACUCUUUUUAAUCAGGAGAUCGUGUCAAAGAGUGAACUAGUGCAGCUUGUGACACCUUUUUUGGGGAAGUUUCCCGAAUUGUUGAGGUGGUUCCGGGAAUUUUUAGGUCAGGGCGAAGUGGAGAACAUCCCGUAUAAUAUGGUGCGUACUGAACGACCUCAGGGGGAACAUGCCGUCGAAAUAGAUUUAUCCACAGCUAAAAGAUUAGGCGCUAGUUAUUGCAUCGUACCUCCAUCACAGGAAAGUAUGAAAUGUUCAGGUCGUACACAGCUCUGCAAAGAAGUAUUGAACGAUCAGUGGGUGUCAUUUCCGACAUGGUCUGAAGAUAGUACGUUUGUCAGUUCGCGCAAAACACAAUAUGAAGAAUACAUGUACCGGUGUGAAGACGAACGUUUCGAACUCGACGUCGUUAUCGAGACGAACGCGUCUACUAUUCGAGUUUUGGAAGGCGUCCAAAAAAAAUUGAAUCGAAUGAGUCCGGACGAAGUGGCUCGCUAUCGCUUAGAUGAAUGUCUCGGUGGUAGUUCGCCCGUGUUACACCAGAGAGCGCUUAAACGGAUUUAUGGGGACAAAGCGCAUGAUAUAAUCGAAGGUCUGACACGAAACCCUGCCGUAGCGGUGCCUGUGGUGCUGCGCAGACUCAAGGCGAAAGAAGAAGAAUGGCGCGAGGCGCAAAAAGGUUUCAACAAGAUUUGGCGCGAACAAAACGAAAAGUAUUAUCUAAAAAGUCUCGACCAUCAAGGGAUCAAUUUCAAGCAGAACGAUGUGAAGGCACUGAGGUCAAAGAGUCUCUUCAACGAAAUCGAAACGUUGUUUGACGAGCGACAUGAACAAAACGAAGAGGGUUCUAGUGAACAAAUAACUGGGCCCCACCUUAUUAUUCCAUAUCGGGACAAAACAAUCUUAGACGAUGCGGCUAAUCUCCUUAUUCAUCAUGUCAAAAGACAAACAGGGAUCCAAAAGGGAGAAAAGAGGCGAAUCAAGCAUAUUCUUCGGCAAUUUGUACCAGAAAUGUUCUUCCAUCCUAAACAGCAACUCAGUGAUGACGAGAGAGAAGACGAUGACGAAAAAGAGGAAACAGAAAACGAAAAUACCACUAUUAAUUCGACUGAAGUAAGACCGAAAUCGGAAAGUAGUACUAGUCCAGGGAAAUCACCAGCACGGGUAUCUGACGACGAUUGCAAAGACAAGAAGAUUAUGGACAAAGUGGAAGUGAAAGAAGAAGAUGUGAAGGUGCCUUUACAUGCACAAACGUCAGACCCAGACGAAGCGUAUACAAUGUUCAUGGCAAACAGUAACUGGUACAUUUUUCUAAGGUUACACGCGAUUCUGUGCGAACGUUUGGCGAAAAUUUACGAGCGUGCAAUCGUCCUGGCGGCCGAAGAAGAAGAAGAAUGCUUGAAUCGUAAAGAAAGUACGGCCGUAGCUCUCCGAUUGAAACCGAAGCCCCAAAUAGAAGUCGAAGACUAUUAUCCGGCAUUCCUUGACAUGGUCAAGAACCUUCUCGACGGUAAUAUGGAUUCCAAUGCAUACGAGGACACGCUGCGUGAAAUGUUCGGUAUCCACGCCUAUACGGCGUUCACGCUUGACAAAGUAGUUCAAUAUGCGGUGCGUCAAUUGCAACACUGUGUGACGGAACGCACUGCUACUGCGUGCAUAGACUUGUAUCAUCGGGAGCAGAAAAGAGGAGGUACAGGUGGUCCUUGCUUGACCGCGCAUAAACGUGCUCAUCGCGAACUUGCGUAUCAACGUGCAGCUGAAACCGCGAUACAGGACGAAAACUGUUUCAAGAUAUUUAUUUAUAAAAAGGACUGUAAAAUAACUAUCGAAUUGUUGGACACGGAACCAGCCGACGAUGCUAAAAAGAAAGUGGACGACGCAAAAAAAUGGAAUUCAUACAAAGAAAGAUAUGUAGAUGUCUCGGACGUGAAAGUGCCACGUUCGCCAGUUUUUUUACAUCGGAAUAUGAGGAUUAAAGAAAAGAAACAGCGGCCUGAAAAAUUAAGUGGUAGUAGUAACAAUAAAAGUAAUUCAGCGUUACCGAACAAUUACAAGGAGGAACAGAAAAAACGACUGGCUACAGAAGAAGUGGGCGCGGAAUCUGAGGAUGGUAUGGGGGGUAGUAGCGAAAAUAACGGAAGUAGUGGGGGUGGUGGUGAUGCUUUGCUCGAUGACACGUCAGCGAUGACGAUCAACGAAGAUCUGGACAAAAAGUUGAAAGAGAAGGGUGCACCUGAAAGAAGCGUGACCCAUCAUCCGGGAUACGACGUUUCGGAUGAAACGGAAUGUAAAUUGAAUGCCAGUGAUUCGAAAAUCAUGUUUACCGUGAACAAAGACAGUUACCUGUAUAAACACAGUGCCUUCUUUAGAGCUAAGCAGUCUCAUCCAUGCGUGACGAAGAAACGCGCGACGAAGUUUAAGACGUGGCUGAAGAAAUGGACAUCGAAAAAUGUGAGUGAAACACAACAUAAACAGUGUACGGAUUGGUUAAUGGGAAGGGGUGAGGGUGUAGUGCCGAAUAGGACACGGGUGAUGACGAACAAUGACUUAACACAAACCCCUUAUGUCCCUUACAACAGGUACCGCGUGGAACGACUUCCGGAUGACACAACGUAAACGAAAAAAAAAAUAAAUAGACGGUUCAACUUAUAUUUUACAAACGGGUGGUUUUAUAAGUAAUAAAAACGGUUGAAAAUGUCUCUUUCAAAAUCCCGCAUUGGUCGAUCGUGUACGUAUGCGUAAAAGGCUGCAGCAGCGGGUAAGUGUUCUUGGUGAUCUGCCCCAGUAGCUAUACGUUUCUUAUUUUUUUUGUGCAGAUUGGUACUAUUGUCAUUUAUUUACCUGAAAAAUAAAAGGCAUUUUAUAUUCUUAAUUAUUCUUGCUCGUGAACUAUUAUUGAACGAAAAGAAAUUAUCUAUUGUAGGAAUAUAGCUGAAGUAUAAAAAAAGACUUAUUUUGAUUUUUUUUUUCAAUUUGGUGAGCUCUUACUCCACCACUGUAUGCAUAUAUUUUCUAGUUUCUUUAAAUCAUUCAAAACCAUAUUUUUUCUAAAUAAAUCAAACAAGUGGGCGAUAGUUGAUAAGUAAAAAACUUUUUAAUAUUUAAUAUUUCCUUUUAACUGUCGUCUGGCUUAAGUUGUUAGAUACUAAACAUGUUUGUUUAAGAGAAAAAAUCAAUUUACAACUGUAAUAACAAAAAGAAUUGUUACCACCCAAAAAAAGUAGAAAACGAAUUUUGUUCCCAUUGGUUACGACUUAAUGAGUAUUUUAUAUUAAAAUUCAUUCAAUCGAUUAUAUUGAUCACUAUGGAAAUGUUUUUUUUUUGCUGUUAAAUAGUGGAAUUUCCAAUCUAAGGAGAUAAAGAUGCCAAUAGUGUUAACGUAUUUAGAAAAAAACACGUGAGACAAUAACUUCAGGGGCAGUUCACCCAUGCUUACACAAUUAAGAUACUCCAGCUUUUCCUUAGGUAUAAGGAAUUUUUUCCAUUCGAUAUUUAUUUUAUUUAAUUGACAAUUGGGUUUCAAAAAUUGAAUUGUUUUAUUUAUUAUUUCACCUUUUCCACUUAUUUAAAUACUGUCUAAUUAUAAGUUUCGCAGAUGACUCUUUUAAUGUAUCAUUGUGCAUCAUCAUCAUCGACUAAUGUUGGGGGAUAGAAUUUCAAUUGAUGAUAUUUAAAAGUGCAUUUCUCCAAUACGACGACCCCGUUAUUAUUAUUACUACUACUACUUUUUAAUUAUACUAAGUUUUUAAUAAUUUAUUAUUGGAUCUCGUGUUUUCUUUUUAAUCUCGAUUACUGUUGGGUUUCCGUUCUAUUACAUACUACUUAUUACAUGAUACUAUAUUUACUAUAGAACUACAUAGGUAUAGUACUUCAGUCACUCCUAAUUGUUUUUUGUUGAAAGUUGAAAAAAGAAAAAGUAUGUGUAAUUUUUGAAGUAUAAAAUCAAACUAUUAAAUGUAUUUAUAUACGUGUAUUUGUUAUAAAAACCCGUUUAAUUUUUUCAUUUGUAAGUUCUGAAGAAAUAAAUGAAUUUCUACAAUAAAUAGAUUUACUGUUACUGCUUCAGUUCGGAAGAUGAAGUACUACUAAAAAAAC